UGUAGGCUAGCAUUUCCAACACACACUCUCUCUCUUAUUAACUCUGCUUUACAUUCGCUCUUUCCCUCUCAAGAUUUCUGAAACAAAGCAAAGGGCAGCCAAAGGUAGGGGGGAGGGCAGUCGAAGUCCCUUUGAUUUCAAUCAAAACCUCCAUUCCAAAUUCUCCAUCUUUUUUGACAGGUCUCUCUUCCAAGCACUUUCUAGGUCCCCUUAGAUCUUUAAAGACUGUCAAAUGCUCCCACAACCAGAAUCUUUGACACCCACUUUUCUUUGCUAAACUCUAGGCCAACAGUCCCCCAAUACUUGCCAUAAAUAAAAUAAAAAAGAAGAUCAGCUUCUAGUGCCCCUCAUGAAGACUUUAGCGCCAACCCAAAUCUUGAAAGGCUUGAAAAUCCCAGAAUUGGGUCUUCAAGAUUCUUAGCGACAACUCCGGUGUACUGUUUUUUUUUUCGGUUUUAUGAACCUUUAACAUACAAUGUCUUGGCAAAGCCACAACAACUUGGAAGCAAGGACAGGGAGUGUGAGCAAGAUCAGAAAGCGAGGCUGUUCAUCUUCGUCGUCUUCUUCGUUGGUCCGUAAGUACCGGUUCAAGCGUGCAAUUCUGGUCGGAAAGCGGGGCGGUUCGAGCACUCAGGUCCCGACGUGGAAGACAAGCGCUAGAUCGCCUUCUUUGGCGAUGGAGAACGAUGAAUUUCCCAAGCGUCCGACUUCUAAAGGUGGCGUUGUCGGUGGUAAAGGGAAGGACCUACUGUCGGUGUCUGCGCGGAAACUGGCUGCGACAUUAUGGGAAAUCAACGAGGUUCCUUCGCUGCCCGUGAAGAAAGGCUCAGAGGCACUGAAGGAUCAAAAGAAAGAACUUUCAAGCCGACAGAGAGCGCCUAAAUUGUCCCGCCAUAUGUCAGAUCCAUGUCGUAGUCCUAUUUCAGAGAGAAUGGAGCGAUCUGGAGGUGGUGGCAGUCACCAGAGAAGAAUAUCAGCCAUUUCUCACAUGCCGCAGUUGACUGAGUAUUGUUUGGGAGCGCUGGACUCCAUUAGCAGUGCUGGUUUGGUGGAGAUUGAAAGUCAUUCCUUGGGCAAGAUUCAUCGUAGAGGUUUGACUGAAAUCAAGACCCGUUUGAAGGAGGUCAGUAAUGGCCUAACAACAUCCAAGGAGCUUCUAAAGGUUCUGAAUCAUGUUUGGGGCCUUCAAGAGCAGCACUCAUCAGGUAGAUCAGUUGUCUCAGCCCUGCGCAUUGAGCUUGAUCGCGCUCGCAGCCAGGUGGACCAAUUGAUCCGGGAGCAAAGGUCUAACAGCAAAGAGAUUGAGUACCUCAUGAAACAUUUUGCAGGAGAAAAGGCAGCUUGGAAGAUCAAAGAACGAGAAAGGAUUUGUGAUGCCGUAGCAUGCGUAGCAGAAGAACUUGAGGUCGAGAAGAAACUAAGAAGACAGACAGAGAGAUUGAACAAGAAGCUUGGUAAAGAACUUGCAGAUACAAAGGCAUCCCUGUCAAGGUCAAUGAAGGAGCUUGAGAGGGAGAAGAGAGAAAAGAAGAUUUUGGAGCAAGUUUGUGAUGAGUUAGACAGAGGCAUGGGUGAAGACAGGGCACAAGUAGAAGAACUAAAGAAAGAAUCGGCUAAAGCUCGGGAAGAAGUGGAAAAGGAAAGGGAAAUGCUUCAGCUGGCUGAUGUAUUGCGUGAAGAGAGAGUCCAGAUGAAGCUCUCAGAAGCCAAGUAUCAGUUUGAGGAGAAGAAUGCAGCUGUGGAUAAGCUCAGAAAUGAGCUUGAGGCCUACUUGAGAACCAAAGUAGGUAAAGAAAAUGGUGAUGGGUCUCCAAAGUUCGAAAAGAUCAAAGAGCUUGAGGCUUAUUUGAAAAGGAUCAAUUUUGGGUCAUCCCAAAAUGUGGAGAAAGAAGAGGAUGAAGGUGAAGUGGCAGAUGGAGAAGGUUACUGUGAAGGAGAUGACUCGGCUGAAAGUGAUCUUCAUUCCAUUGAAUUGAACAUGGACAAUACCAACAAGAGCUACAAAUGGGGUUAUGUUCACAGAGAUGAUGCUCAAGAUGAUUCAAGAAAGGUUUCAGUCGAUAAAGAAUCAAAAGCGAGGAAGUCUCUCUCUGAGAAGAUUCAAUGGGGAAGCAUUUGCUUAAACAGGGGAACUUCCAAUGGUACAAAUCGGGACUUAGGUCCUAAAAUUCGGGAAAAUUCAAAUAGGUUCAAUCAGGAAAGAUUAUCUGAGGUGCUUUCACGAGCUCAAACACUAGAUGAUGGUGAUGAAAAUGGCAGGGAUGUCUCUAUUAAGGGUCUUAGUGAUCGUAUUUUAUCUGGUCCAAGAAUAGCAUUGGUCCAAAGCUUUGCUAGUCCACCCAGGCAGUGGGGUGAAUUCUUGGCUUUGCAAGCUCCAAGCAACGAUGCCUGGGAAAGUUCAACGGUGUUGCAGGUAGAGGAUUUGAUGCCAAAGGUCGCAGGAACAAGAGACAAAUUUCAGACUUAAACUAGAUCAAUAUAACAAAACAUUUUCCCUUGUCAUGUUCUUCCCUCUGACCUACGCAUUGCUUGCAUGUUCUUGAAGUGUUCAAAGCAUCUUGAUGCCCCCGUAUGUUUGUGCCAACGAGUCGCCGAUAUAUAGGAAGCAAAAAUGUAAAUAGGAUCUCAUACAAAGUUGUACGGGUCCAGUAUAAUUUUUCUGUACAAAGCCUGCUAUAGGCCAAGAGCACCUGAAUUUUGCAGUGAGUUUUCAUUUAUAGAUGGUUCUGUGUAAUCUUGACCAGAGGAAAAUGUGAAUUCAAACCUUUUUAAUUUUAUGUUGGCUAAA